AUGAAACCCCCUUCCACUCUUUUCCUCAAAACCCAAAUCCCUUCUCCUAUAUUGCUCUUCUCAAUUUCCAAAGGAACGUUCAAUGCUAAAUUGCUUCCGAAUUUGUGCUUCUGUAAGAGUAUUCAAACGAGUUCGUGUGAAGUUGCUAAAGGAAGUUACGUUCCUACUCCCACUGUGGAUUUGACAAAAGAAAAUAUUAUAGUGGAAAAGCCAUCUAGAACAAUUGAAUCUGUUGGAGCAUUUCAAAAGUUGCCUAUAGUAAUGCCAUCUAUUGACAUUCUGAGGUCUGCACUGAGAAAGGCGAGGAGGGUUUCUGCAACAAAAGGAAUCGUCAAUAUUGCAAAAAGAGAGAAAAACAAAGGUGCAAAACAACUUGACGCGUUGAUGAAAGAACUUGCUGUUCCAUUGAGGACGUAUGUGGAGAGCUUUCCCAAUAAAAGACGCCUUCAUCCUUAUGAAAGGUCACUUAUUGAGUUGACACUUGGUGAUGGGUACUAUGAAAAGGUGCUAAGGAAUGUAGAUCGUUUGAGGAAGAGGGUAGUAUCUGUUGGAAAAGAACAUGCUUCAAUUUGUGCUAAGUCUACGACAAAGCGUGAAGCAGAGGAAAGACUCUGA